UAAGAAUAUUUUAUAGGAUAGGUUUACCUGAUUGAUGUUGGAUAUUUACGGGAUAGUUUCAGGCAGUGCGUGUUUGAUUAGACGGAUAACAAAAACGUGUGGAUUUUACACAAAGCUGUUAUGUUGCUAAACAUCGUCCAACUUAGGUCACGCAGCCUCAACCGUAACUCAGAGGCUGCCCUGCACAAUCUGAAUAUCUCGCCUGGAUUAACGGGGAUGUAUCAACAAAAAACAAUGGACAAACCCAAUGUUACUCAAUAUGAUGAAUUACGGGGAGUAAACACAACUGUUGAAAGUGUCAGUAUGGAGUACAAGGAGUACGGUGAAUAUCACGCGGUGCAGUUUAUUGUAAAGUACAUACCCCCUAUAUUGAUAAUAAUUGGACUUUUUGGAAAUAUUAUGACAAUAUUUGUGUUAGCAAGAUCAAGACUAAAGUACACAUCAUGCUCAAGAUACCUCAUCCUCUUAUCUGCCUCAGACUCGAUCAUCUUGCUCAUCGGUCUCGGCCAUUUCUGGCUGACGUUCGCAUUCCAAACAGAUAUCCGCAAUUUAUACCCGUGGAUGUGUAAAGUACAACCGUUUUUGCUCUACAGUGCUAACCAUUUUUCAGUCUGGCUAUUGGUGUCAGUGACAGUGGAAAGGGUUGUAACAAUAUAUAUGCCUCUUAGAGCAAAGACUAUCAUCACAAAAAAGAAGGUUUGGGGUAUAAUCGCAGUAAUCGGGAGCUGCGCUGUUUUAGUCAACGUCCAUACGCUAGUCACGUAUGAUCUCGUGUCAGUCAACGUUCCUGAAGGCGAAGUGGUAAUUUGUUUGUGCCCUGCUAGAUAUUGUCACUUUGCGAGAUAUGUGGCAGUGUGGAUUGACGCCAUAUUUGCGUCAUAUCUCCCAUUUACCAUCCUGAUAAUAUCUAACAUCUUUAUCAUUAAGGAAAUCACGAAAACAUCAACGAAAAAGAAGAGAUUAGCCCGCGGAUCUUCGCAGAGCUCAAUAAAAGCGAACGAUGAUCAAACGAGGUCAUUAACCAUCAUGCUUUUGGCUAUCAGUGUAAUUUUUCUACUCCUUACAAGUCCAGUUACAGUAUUUUUAGGAGGAUACGACCAUUUCAAACGACAGCUUAACGGUGACCAAAAGCUUAAACUACAAUUCCAACUAACAAAUGUGGUGGUUCACAUAAUUUGGUACUUAAAUAGUUCUGUGAAUUUUCUCAUGUAUUGCGUCAGCGGAAGUAGAUUCAGGCAAGAGUUAUUCGUGUUACUUUGCCGCCAAAAACGCAAACGACAUUUCGACUUCCGGGAGAAUUCGAUUGAUAAUAGCUACAGAUGCAAUGACGAACCUGCAGAAAGUGACCGCUCGUUAGUAAAAUCAAACGCUGGACAUAUCCGGGCAUCGAAUGGAUUGGGGAAAAUUGACCAAUCAAGCGCCACAACUGGAAGUAGUUCCGAACAGAGUCAAGCAAGAGGGUCACUUAUUCAAAUGAACCAACAGAUUAUAUAGUAUUCAAAUUAUCUUUAUGCUCAAUUUAAAAUCAAGGAUAUGAUUGGAAAAACUUUAAUAUUUCAAAACAGCAUAACACGGAGUAUUUAAGGCUAUUUCAGACAUGUAACAUAUAUUUAAAUAAGUCUUUAUUACAUAGUACAGGUUAUUUUUCAUGUCGAGGAACUACAAUCUUUGGAUUAAAAUUUGAGGACCAAUUAUUUACACAUACACUCAAUAUUCUUCUUACUUUGGUCAAUUAGCUGCAUUUUGUGAGUAUAGAAGCUGAGAUCAUUAAUGAGGUAAUUGACCAUCUUUAGGCACGGCUGCACCUUCUGAGUGAUAUUUUGGAACUACGUUCAGUGCAUUCGCACAAAGUGCUUUCAGGUG